CGCACCGGAAAGCAGUUUUGUGAAGUUUCCCUUGCCUUUUGCAUUUCCAAAAGCUCACUGAAGCUGUCAGUUGUGAAUAUUGUCGUCUAGUUUGAACCCCUAAGCCUGAUGCUGAAAUCGCCUUUUCAACGGCGGCUUGCUCAACUCGUCAGCCCUCACGAUAUUCGAGAAAGUGCCUAGUCACGCGUAGUCCACGCCAUGUCUUCGAAGAAGAGGUCAAAGGUUGAAUCGGACAGCGAUUCUGACUCCGGUCCUGAUGACAGGAAUCCUCCGCAAAAAAAGGGAAAGGCAGCUGACAACAAAGGCAAAAGUAGCACAUCUUCAGGGGACAAUGAAGAUGGCAUGUUUAUGCUGGCCAAAAAGCGGUACGUCUCUGUGCGAGAAUUCAAAGGGAGAGUCAUGGUUGACAUACGGGAAUACUAUGAGGACGGCAACGGGGACUUGAAACCAGGAAAAAAAGGAAUCUGCCUUCAGCUGGAUCAGUGGAAUGCGUUAAAAAGUCAAAUUGAUGACAUUGACGCUGCCAUAAAGAAGCAUUAGGCCUUUCAUGCCCGGCUGCAAGUUUUAACUUGUCGCAUAAGUUGAACUUCAUGUAACGUUUCCCAACAAGCGCGUUGCAUUUCCUUUUUGAUGCACAGUCUUAACCAUAUCAGAUUUCAUCGUCUCAUACCUUAAUGUAAAGAUGUAAGAUGCCUUUGUGCAAACUCUGUAACCUUGUUUCAAAAUGUAAUUGAUCUUUUUUUUUUGUUUUGUCAGUCAAUAAAAACGUGUUGAGCAUCUUGGA